AUGGACCUGGCAACCAGGGAAGGAAUCCCCAACGGGCACCUGAUGCACCACGGAGACGCCAAAAAUUACCCCAAUCAUCAAAAUGUAGAUGAGUUCGAAGAAGCUGAAAAAGGUUACCCCAACGGGAUGAACAACAACGCAAUGGACCGAAGCACAGAGAAGCAGCUUGCUAACGAAGAGACUGAAGGAAGAAGCAGAUAUGUGAGCAAAGAAUAUAAAGUACACUGGAGGGAAAGGGAAAGAAUACAGAAAGUAAUAAACAAGGAGAAGGAACUAGAAAAGGAUUUUGUGAAGAGGGAAAAGGAAUGGAUCGAAUUGGAAGAGCAAAUAAAAAAUGAUACUUACAAAGAGUGGAACAAACUGCAGCAGAUAAAAAAGAAGGAUAUUGCAAAACUAAUUGAAUUGGACUUAAAGGGGGAACAGGAAAAUGCUAAUUUGUCUACGUCGAAGAGGAGGGAAAUGAGGAACUCCAAGAGGAGGAAGGAAAAGGAGCUGGACGAUUUGGAUCGCCAUAACGAGAUGCGGGAGGCUGAGGAGGACAAGAAGAGGAAGGAGCAACUGGACCGAGACAGGGAAGAGGCAGCGAAGGAGGACACUAAAAACGCCCCGGAUGAGGGGGAGAACGAAGCCGAGAAGAAGUCGGACCAACUUCCAGAAGACGAAACGGGGAAAGCACAGAACCAACAAGAGAGCAAAAAUAGUGCAAGUGCUUCUAAGCCCAAGAGCAGUUUUUUUAUGAAUGCCUUGUCCUUCGUUUUUGACAGGAGCAGUGAGGGUAAGGUGGAGGAGAAAGGCGACGAGCCAUUGGAUGGUCAGCCAACCGGGGGGGAAGCCAGCGUUACGGCAAAUGAAAAAGCGGAAGCGAAGGAAGAAUGCAAUACCGCCAACGAGGCAGCAAAUAACGACAAUGAGGAAAACGCUAACGUGGACAAGACUUGUGUGGAGAACUGCACGGGGGAGGAGACGGAGGACAGACCCCCCGUGGAGGCGCGAAGGAGCAAGCGAAAAAUACCCGCUUCAGAACCGAUCAACAUAAAGGUGAACGAGAAAAAAAAAAAAAAAAAAAACACAGACUCCGAAAUGGCUAGCAGAGUGUCCACCAGAAGAGGUCUAAAAAACGUAUUCAACGCGAACGAUGAAGAUGAGUUGUUUGGAAGGAAAAAGGGGCCACUAGCGAAGUUGGAUGGAAAAGGUAAAGACGCGGAAGAGGCGGAAGAAGAAGAAGCAGCAAUAGAAGCCGCUGAAGACGUUGAAAGCAUCCAAACGGUUGACGUGAUAGAAAACUCGAAAAAAAUCCUGGAGAUGGUUCCCUCCAGCGAAGAAGACAUAUUUAGCUUCCCCAUAGACUGGAAGGUACUAAAUCAGAAAGGAAAUAUAAUAGCAAAGUUAAAGCCAUGGAUAAGCAAAAAAAUAACAGAGUACAUAGGCUCUGAGGAGAAGGAAAUUACAGGGCAAAUUAGCAACUAUUUUGUGGACCAAGUUUUGAAGGAGAGAGCUCCAAAGGAAAUGCUCGUGGAGGCUGAAAAGUUUUUAGAUGCAGAUGCGAAGAAAUUCAUUUUAAAUAUGUACCGGCUUAUUAUUUUCGAGCAGCUUAAGGUGACAAACGGUACGUGA